GCGGCGGCGCCGAGCGGAGCGCCGGGGUCGGGUCGGUUCCACCGCGCUCUCGCCGUCUCGUCACCCCCACCCCCGCCGGGCACGGGCGACGGGCAGGUCCCGGCGCUGCAGAUUCUGAAGGUGUUUAAGCUCUGAAUACUUACAAGCUCUUCAUACAUAACAAUGUCUGGCUCAUACGAUGAUUCCGUUGGAGUAGAAGUUUCUAGUGAUAGCUUCUGGGAGGUUGGGAAUUACAAGAGGACAGUGAAACGAAUUGAUGAUGGCCACAGACUUUGCAAUGACCUCAUGAACUGCAUUCAUGAACGGGCACGGAUAGAGAAGGUCUAUGCUCAGCAGCUCACAGAAUGGGCUAAAAGGUGGAAGCAACUUGUGGAGAAAGGCCCACAGUAUGGAACAGUAGAAAGGGCUUGGUGUGCUUUUAUGUCAGAAGCUGAAAAAGUGAGUGAACUACAUCUAGAAGUAAAAGGUUCACUGAUGAAUGAAGAUUUUGAAAAAAUCAAGAACUGGCAGAAGGAAGCCUUUCAUAAGCAAAUGAUGGGAGGAUUUAAGGAAACCAAAGAAGCAGAAGAUGGAUUUAGGAAAGCUCAGAAACCCUGGGCAAAAAAGCUGAAAGAGGUGGAAGCUGCAAAGAAAGCUUACCAUGCUGCCUGCAAGGAGGAAAAACUGGCUAUAUCCAGAGAAACAAACAGCAAAGCUGAUCCAGCACUGAAUCCUGAACAACUCAAGAAAUUACAAGACAAAGUGGAGAGAAGCAAACAAGAUGUACUAAAGACAAAAGAGAAGUAUGAAAAGUCUCUGAAAGAAUUAGAUAAUGCCACUCCUCAGUAUAUGGAGAACAUGGAGCAGGUAUUUGAGCAGUGCCAGCAGUUUGAGGAAAAGCGGUUGCGUUUCUUCCGAGAAGUGUUACUGGAAGUCCAGAAACACCUUGACUUGUCCAACGUUGCAAGUUACAAAAAUAUCUACCGUGAGCUGGAACAGAAUAUCAAAACAGCAGAUGCUGUUGAAGACUUGCGGUGGUUCAGAGCUAAUCAAGGUCCAGGGAUGUCAAUGAAUUGGCCUCAGUUUGAGGAGUGGUCUGCAGACCUGAAUCGCACUCUCAGCAGAAGAGAAAAGAAGAAGGCUUCUGAUGGAGUGACUCUGACUGGCAUCAGUCAGACAGGAGAACAAGUUUCACAGCCUAACAAACAUAGCAGUGUUAGCAGCUAUGAGAAAAACCAAAGCUACCCUACAGAUUGGUCUGACGAAGAGUCCAACAACCCCUUCUCCUCCACUGAUGCAAAUGGAGACACCAAUCCCUUUGAUGAAGACACCCCUCCUGCCAUGGAGGUGAGAGUACGUGCACUCUACGACUAUGAGGGCCAGGAGCAGGACGAGCUCAGCUUUAAGGCUGGGGAUGAGUUGACCAAAAUAGAGAAUGAGGAUGAGCAGGGCUGGUGCAAAGGACGCCUGGACAAUGGACAAGUUGGUUUAUACCCAGCAAACUAUGUGGAACCAAUCCAGUGACAAAGGACAAAAUAAACACAGAAGUGUCACAAGAGCUCUGUAGGCCUGUACAGUGUAUUUAGGUGAAGUGAGAGGAAACUGAAUGGAUGUAUAGAGUGUAAAUAUUUUAAUGAAAUAUGAGAGCUUGAUACCCAAAUAAGGCUGAAUGAAAGACAAAAGCUUGACUUUGUUCUCACACCUUGUACCCAAUGCAAAGGAAAGGAGUAAGGCUGAAAAAAUAGUAUGAUAGGAAAAAUACUUUUUAAACUUUUUCUUCCCACAUGGUCUGUUAUUGUGGAUCCUAAACAUUUUUGCAUUUUCUAUGCUUAUGCCUCAUCCUACCCCAGGUAUGUGGCUUACGCUCACUUUUGUUUAAUCAGUUAUUUUAAGUGACCUUUCAGUAACUUGCAACUUGAAUUUUAAAGAUUGAUAAGAACAAAUAAAGAAUUAACUAUAAUAAUGUCUGAAAGAUGCAGUAUUUUUUUAUUUAAAUGCUAUGUAGUUAAGCACCUUUUUUAUGCUUUAUCAAUUAAUACUUAAAUUAUGACAUAGAUUUAGUUACCACUUGACUGAAUGAAAGCUUUUUCCAUGUUGUAGUAAUCUUUCUGUGUUGUCAGCAUGGCUUGAAGUUGUAAAUGGAGUUGUAAAACAAAAUUCUGUGUUUAAUAAAUAUCUGUUACAGAAGGUUAUUUGUAGCAGAGAUAUCUGCAGGUGUCAUGGGUUGGAAUUCUAUUACAAACGUUCUUUAUGUGGGUUGCCACUUGAACUAAGAGUUUUCCAUCUAGAUCUUAAGUGGCAUUCAAGAGAAAUAUGAAUUAUGCAUAAGCCGCAGAAGAGUGGCUAUUUCCAGCACAUGUUUGCAGGGAAAAAAAAUCUCCUUUUAACUGCUAAUGAUUUUUGGGUGAUUUGAAAUGUUAAAUCUGUGAAGGCUGAUUAUCUUGAACAGAGAAGACUGUAAAAUAGACUAAAUGCUUUUAUUAAUAGCCUAUCUAUGUUGUGUAUAUGUACAUAUAAUUUGAUAUUCCAAAAUAUGAAGAGCAUGGCUAUUAGUUAUCAAGCCUUUUGGUGUCAAUAAGAUUUAGACUAUUUUAAGAGUUUAAAUUAUAGGUAUAUUUAAAUCUGCUUUCCUGCCAUAUUCAUUACUGUACCAUAGACAAAGUAUUCUGUGAUAAGAUUUUUCAGAAAUACAGUAAAUACACUAAUAUACUCAAAAUCAGUAUUUGUGGAUAAAUUAAUGAGUCAAAGUAUAAACUAGCUUUAGUCCAAACAUAGAUUAUUGUAGCAGAACACUGUAAAAUCUACAUUUGUUUGCAGUUACAACUUGGCCAGCUGUAGUUGUGUCAAAUAUUCACUUGUGACAUUGAAAACUGGGUUGUAAAACUACAGCAGAUCUGUGUUAAAGCUAAGUAUCAGGUAAGUAGAUAUGCCAUGUUGGGAAGCUACACUGUAAUGAAGUUAACAAAUCUUUUUUGAGGUAACUAUAAAACACUGUUGGUAAUCUUGGACCCUAUCAUUUUUGAGCUUAUAGAUAUAUUUAGUCAUUAUUUUCAGUGAAUCCAAAUGUGCAAGCUUAGAAAGUGGAUGUAUGUAUAUGUCUGUCAACAAAAACUUACCAACAUAUUUGUUCAUCCACAGGACAGUUGCUAAAAUUGUCAGGAAUUACUGGUUUGGGUCUCUGUGUUGUAAAAUAUUUUAGAAAACAAUAAAGUCUGUUAAUCUCUUAAAUACACAGAAUGCACCUUUUACUAUUUCAAUGUGUGUCAAAGCACAAAUAAUCUGUGCAUUUCAUUGCAAUUCAUAGUUACAAAACCUGCAUUGUGUAAAAGAGCCACAAGCAGGAGUGUGACAUGGGUGACAUUGUGCCGUUUACAAAAAAGGGAGGUGCCAUGCACAGGAAUUCUUGGCAAAACAUUCCAGCAAAAUCUUCAUGGAAGAAGAGAAAACUGUCUUUUAUGGGUAGCAGAGUCCACUGUGAUGCUGCUUUCUGUGAUGUUGUCAAGCCUCAGAUAGCGUGGGUGACCAGCUGAGCUUUUUAUUUCUUCUUAAAUAAAGUAUCUGAAUAUUUUCUGCCUUUGA